GGGGGGGGGUGUAAUUUCUUUUAUAAUUAUUUUUCUCCUCCCUUCAGUAAAUAUUUUGGGUGUUUCGUAACCCGCAGCGGACGAACGCAACUUGGCGGCGGGGCCCGGCGCUGAGGCCCGCGGCCUCGCUGCUCUCCCUUGGGACGGGGACGGGAGCGGCAGCCCCGGGGCCGGCAGGUGCGGGCCGGGCCGUGCUCACGCCCUCGGGGUUGCGCGGACUUUGCGCGACCGCUGCGCGGAGCCACCGCGCAUCCCGAGGCAGGGAGCGGAGGAGCCCGGGGCUGGGGGGCUGAUCGUGGGGCUGCUCCGGGGGGAGCUCCGAAAGUGCUCACAGAGCGCUGGGCACGGUGCCGUGCGGGGACCCUGGCACACCGCUGGGUCCUCAGCAGCAUGGGCUCUGUGCUGGGCAGAAUUGAGGCGUGGUGGUAAAGAAAUCCCUCAUCCAAUGCUGCCCUGCAUGGCAGUGCUGGUGGCCGUUCAGCCAACCCGCUUGCCGGCCGGUGCUGCGCAGGGCUGAUUACGACCCAUCAGAGCGAGAGCCACCACCUGUCCGCCGCCGUACGGAGCUGUCAGGGCUGCGAGCUCGUGCCAGGCAGGGCGAGCUGGGUGCCCCCGGGUGCCAGCACCGGGCCUGGUGAGGGUUGUGCCAAAGGGCCCCCACCUUGUCCAGGAGCACUCCACAGUGUGGGGUGGGAGGUGGCACCCCAAGGUGCGAUGCGGGGCAGUGCUCACUGACAGCAGGACGCGGCUCAGGAUGUCCCCAUCAGCCCAUGCAGGACUGGGCCCUUUGGAGCACGGAGAAUGGAGCAGAGCUGCGGUGCUACCCAGCCCCGGUGCUUUGGGGGAAUGUGGGCUGCACCCUGAGAUGCCACUGACACUUGUUGAUGCCCCUGGGAAGCGUGGAGGGUGCAGGCAGGUGUGUGUCUUGCUGGCAGCGCGGUGCGGGCUGCCCUGGUCUGCGAGAUGCCCAUGGCCCUGCAGCAUGGAGCUGCAUGAGCCCCGGCAUUGCCCCCUGCGGGGCACUGGGUGCUGGGCAGCACUGCAGGUACCCGUGAGCAGCCCGGCUUCAGGCUGCGCUGUGCUCACACCAUCACGGCGAUCCUGCACCUCAAGGUGCUGUGGGCCUGGGUGGGUUUCGGGGAUGUCUGCUCACCUGCCCAUAGUGGGGCUGCAGCGAGCAUGGGGGCUCCUGGAGCUGUUGGGAUCGUGUCUGAAAUGCUGUGGCUCCUGAGGCCCAGGUGUGAGGAUGGAGAGCAUCGCCGUGCGUUGUGCCGGGAGGGGAACGCUGUGCUGUGGUGCGGCAGGAGGAGCCGGCUCCCAUCCAGAAGUGCAGGCAGUUUGUCCUGGGGGGCACGUGCUGGAUGCUGCUGUCACCAGCUCCGCGUUCCAUGGCUUAUCCUACGGUGCUUGGCCCCUAGCAGUUGAUUCUUUGGUGUGCCCGCCUCGUCCCUGUGCAGUGCAGUGUCGAUGCUCCGGGGCGGGACGCGGCCCCCAGGGAUACUCUCCCAGCUGCUCAGGGAUGGGGAGUGGCUCAGUGCUGGGGUUGACACGGAGUGUUUGUGGGACCUCCCCUCCUUCUGCAGGGGAAGUGCUGACUCCAAACGGGCUGCGAGGGCUUUGCCGUGGGGUUUCCCAGCUCUCUCUCGAGUGAUAGCAAAACCCAGAUACACUGCGUGCGAAAAAUCCCUUCUCCUUGUGCUCCUGCAGCGCGUGGGCGGCCGGCGGCGAGCGGUGACUGUGCCGCGCCGCAUACAGUAAAGUGGCCCCAGUAGCUGGGAAAUGACUUUCUGGUUUGCGAGGAAUUACUGUAAAGCUCAGAGACCUCACGGCAGUGCCCGGGAUCGGGCGGGGUGCCCGCUUUGCGGGGCUCCGUGCCCCUGCCUGACCGGGGGGGGCUGGCACCGCUCCUGCUCCCCCCAGCAGGGCUGGGAUCGGGGCCGGGGUCGGACUGCGCUCCGGCCCCUGUGUCGCUCCGGCUGCUGCCUUGGUUCAGCUGCCCCCGGCUCCGCGUGCUCCGGGUGAAGCGGACUCGACAGCUGUAGUGCGGCGGUGGCGUGCCUUUCCUUUCAUGGGGUGUCUAUUUUGCAACCCCCAAGUGUUUUGAUCCCGGGAGAAGGGGGGCGGGGGUGUUUACCCGGGCACCGCGUGUCCGGCGCGGGGCCGCGAGCUGCGCUGGGCAUGGCUGAAUGUUACAGGCAGCCACAGUUCUAGCAACAUCUGCUGGCUGAUAAAAGGUACGUUGCCGUGAACUGCUUCUCCCUGCCUCGUUGGGAAAUGUCGAGGGGGAGGCAGGCGUGUGAGCGCGGCUUCCUGGCCGAUAGGGGAGAGCUGACUUGCUGAUAAAGCAGAAUCCUCCCAUCUCGCUGCACCAGAGGGCUGGCAGCGUUCUCUCCCCGCUGCGCGCCGCUCUGUGCUGCCGGCGAUGCGCUGCUGCCCGGCCCCGGCCCCGCACCGCGGCUCUGCCGGCCGGAAUGCCGCAGCCGCUGUAACGCGCUCGCGACGUGCUCCUCGCUCAAGCAGUCGCUGGUGAGUUUUGCAAUCUCCAUUUUUCGCUGUAACUUUUUGUCUUCCUGUUGUUGUGAUAUGUAAAUACCGGGUUCUAGCGCGGCUCUGCCCGGGGAGGGAAUUGGGGAAAAGGCUGACGCCGGCUCUGUGCUCCGCGUGCUCCGCUGCCGCCUGCAAAGCUCUCAGCGGAGGAUAGGCAGCUCUGCUUGUGGAACAUCCCAGCGCCGGCAUGGGCUAAAGUACAGCUGUAAAAUGAUCCCUGUCCUGUGUGUUGCUGUUAAAACGCAGCUCUGGCUCCUCUGGGCUCCAUGGCACAGCUGCCUCGGCCUGGCACGCUCCUUUUAUAAACCCAUUACUCACCCUGUGCUCCUGGAAACGUGGUGGUGGGGGAACGGUGGUGCGGGGCGUGGGGUGGCCCCCCCCGCUGCUGCUCCCCAUCGGUGCGCAGGCAGAAGCCGCAGCGCAGGACCCCGCCAAUUCCCCCCUGUGUCUGUGGGCUCCGUGGGCUCUGGAAAUGUGAGAGCCAACGCUGCAUCCUGUGCCACCGCACGAGGGACCUGUGGCCCUGGGUGCCGAUCUGAACGAGAACUGUCCUGGCAGACGGCCGUCUUUGAGCUGUUUAUUCCCAUUCCCUCUGUCCGCUUCCUGGGCGUUCGUGUUCCCCCCUCCCUGCAGCAGGGUCUGCUCUGUCUGCCCGCCCGGCUCUGAUGCAGCCAGGUGCUCUGCGGUGCAGAUGUGCCAGCUCUGCCAGGACCUGGGGCAGGUGACGGUGCCCCGCUGGCUCCUGCUGGGAUGGAGCAGUUGGUUCCUGCGCUGCCCCGCAUGGGCUCCGCUCUGCAAAUCCAGCUUGGAGGUGAAUGGAUUAGUGCGAUUGUGCGCGCUCACUGAGGCAUGCCAGAUAAAAUGAAAUUGUGUCUCCAGACCCAAAUCGGGGCUAAUUCGAUGCUGUGAUGAGUUUAAUCCCCACAUCCUCCCACCCAGCCCAGCUCCUGGGCAGGGAUUAGCGGCGUGCCCGGGGCCGGCGUGGUGCUGCGUCCCCAGGAGGUGUUGGCUGAGCUCUUGCGGUGCUGUGUGCGUCGGGGAAGGACCGCACGUGGUCGGAGGGACAGGGCCGCGCUGCAGGGGGCGGGAGCUGCCGUCAGCCCCUGGAUUCGAGGGAUUUCGCUGGGAUUUCAGUGGGUAUUUUGGUGGUUUGGUUUUUACGUAGGCUGCUGCGCCUCUGUGGUUGUAAGGGAAAAUCUGAAGGGGGAGACACGAAUUCCCAAAGCCUCAAGUGCCAGAGGGCAAAUAACAAUGAAUGUUGAUGACUCUGAUUAACAUUACGUGCGGGCACUCCUGCUGGCCCCGGGUUGGUGCCAGGCAGCAGAUGCAGCGCCUAUCCCUGCCCAUGCAGGACACACACACACCGCCCUCCCCGCGGUGCUGCCGGGCUCUGCUCGGGGUUCCCCUGUUCCUGCGCUGCUGCAAGUUCUCCAUUUUGGCUCCCGACACUGCAGGGCCGCGUGGCCCCUGCCGGAUGGGAGAGCCCAGAGCAGGCACCGCACCUCUGCCCGGCGGCUGCUGGGGAGGAAAUACUGAAUUUCCCCCCCAUCACUGCCCGACUGUGAGUGCCAGCGGUGCCCUGGCAUUCUGCUGCCCUGCUCCCCGGCGCAGUGUGGCAGGGGCUGAUCCCAGUGCCUCCCUUGGUGCCACCGGGGCUGAGCCCUCGGCUGCUGCCGCUCUUCAGCACGAGACAAACCCCAUCAAAGCACCGAGCUUCUAGAAGGAGCUCUCCUCCUGCACCCGCCACUGCCUCCACCUCACAGCCAAAAGCUGGAAACCACAUGCGGGCUUAGAAGGGGCAAGCAGUGCUGAUCCCAGCACAGCGGGUGCUCUGUGGGGAGCUUGGGGCAGGUGGGGGCUGGGGGCUCAGCCCCGAUGCCGAGCAGAGCCACGGGGUGCAGGUGAGCAGAAACCCCCCGUGUCCAUCCUCAGCGCUUCCCCCUGGGGGUGGGGUCCGAGGGGGCUCAGCCCCACAGGUCAAGGCUGUGUCCCGCUGUGGGGAGGUAGGAGGGAUGAGGGUAGGAGUGCCAUCCCUGUGCCCCCAGUUGCGCUGUGCAGGUGGUGGAAGGAAGCAGCCGGAGCACAGCGCUGCCCGGCUGCGCAGGCAGCUGACAUUUUGGAAGGAAAUAGCUGCUCUCAGCUCCUUCCUGUAGCACGCAGCCUGCAAAACGGCCGCGCCGGGACCCGGCUGUGCUGGCAGCGCCUGCCCAGAGCCACCACCGUGCUGCCCCGGAGGCUGCAGCGGGCAGACCCCGGUGAGUACGGACCCGGGAUGAGUAUGCAGAUGGGGGAUGGCACCCAGCCCGCUCUGCCGGCCCCAUGCCGCGGAGGAGCCAGGAACCGUGCCUGGGGCUCUCUGAGCCCAGGGUGGCCAUGGGCUCCGGGGCCCUUUGGGUGCACACAGAGCCCUUUGUGUCUGCAGGGCAGGAUGCAGUGCGUGGCGGCCACUUGCGAGGUGAAGGGGCUGAGCUGGGGUGGCACUGGGGGGAGCUCAGAUGAGAUGGGCAGCCUGGGGGCUGUGUGCAUCCCCGGUGUGGUGCAGGGGUAGCACAUGGGUGUCUGUGUGGGGGAACUGGCGCCAUCCAUGUGCCAAGCAGUCGCUGCUGGCUGCCGACAUCGCUUCUCCCAGAGUCAGUGGGAUGGGGCCGGAUCCAGCCCUGGAUGGGACCUGGUGUGGAGCUGCCCUUCUCUGUGGGACAUGGGUCCCCUCUGUGGCACAGUGCUCCCCUGGCAGCACUGACCCACAGGGUGCACGGGAUCCGGCCCCGUGGCCACCGGUGAGGCUGUCUCUGACCUGGAAGGGAUCGUGGGCUCCCAGAGGUGCUGGGAAACCACGUGUCUGUGUGUUUACUGUGGCGAGUGCAGGGCUGCUAUGGAGCUGGCACCGCAGCUGUAGCGUCGGGGCGGGUGGGGGCUGCUCCCUGCUGGGAGGAAACUGCACCCAGACCCCCCUGCUUGCGGCUGGGGGAGCACCAGGCACAGGGCAGUGUGAGCGCUGCUGUGGCAGAGGGGCUGUAUGGGGCAGGAGCAGCCACAGCCCUUUGGUGUGCUCCCCCCCAGCGCUUUACCUGGCUCUUCAGGGCGCAGGGGGGUACGGGGGCUGCAGUCAGUGGGUGUACUGGUAUGACAACAGGGGCCAUCCCUGGAGGGGUUGUGCAUUGCAAGUGUCAUGUGAGAGCCCCGCAGGCAUUCUGCAGCUGUGCAUUGCGAGCAUCCUGCAAGCGUCCCAGGGCUAUGUGCCAUGAGCAUCUUGCGAGCACCCCACAUCUGUGUGCGAAAAGCAUCCUACAGCAUCUCAUGAGCAUCCUGCAAGCAUCCCGCACUCAGCUGGAGCCAGCUCGCCUGGGGGCAGCGGCCCUUGGGCAGGUGCUGCCCGUGCUGAGGCUGUGCCAUGCUCCCUGCACACAGGAUCGUGCCUGCCAGCCUCGCCCUAUGAGACAUUUCCCUCCUUUUGUCUACUCGCCGCUGGGCUGUGGCUUUCCUGCAGCUCAUGGCUGGAGCUGGCUGCCAGCCUGCCGCUGUGCCUGGGCAGCUCUGGGACUGCCAAUGGUGGCUGUGACCACAGCCCAUCCCCACUGCAGCCCCGACUGGGUCCCUUGGCCACCCCCAGACUCAGGGGGGCUCCCAGCUCCCUCAUGUUGCUGCCUUGAGCCCUCUAGGGAACCUGCUUUGUGUGUGUUUCACCCAUUUUGCAGCCGGUUUGGUAAUGUCAAUUGGGCAGUGGAGCUACUGGCUGCAGAAGCACCUCCACCCCUUCAGUCCUGCCAGGCUCCCCUCCCCAGUCUGUCCCCACUGUCCCCCUCCAUGACAAUUGUGCUGCCGUGUGUGCAGCAUUGCAAGCACUAAGUCACCGGCAGGCAAGUUGCUGUGGCUUGUUGAGUUGCUGCUGGUUAACCAAGCUGUGGUAAUGGGUGGGAUUAUAGCUCGCUGCCAGGACUAACUAAAUGCAAAGUAGCUUAAACCACUGCAAUUAUCUGUCUCUUGCAAUUGUUUGGGCGUGCAUGUGGCUGACUGCUGCAGCUGACCCUGAUGCUGCUGGAGGAGGAUGGUGCCAACCCUGGAUCCGACUGAGGCACGGGCUGCUGGGGCUGUGUCCUCAGGAUGCAGGAGCAGGAUGGGAUGGGGAUGGGAUGGGGAUGGCGAUGUGGCACCAGAGGUUUCUGCAUCUUUUGGGAACGUCUGCUGUGCUCGUGGCCGGCUCCCAUGGCGGGGCAGCUCCAUGCGCAACGACAAGGCUGCAGCAGCUGCAGCACGGUGCUGCCUGCUGGAGCUCCGGUGCCAUGCAGCUCCCGGGGAGGUUCCCCAGCCUGCGGGUGAGGCAGAAAACAAGCGGUGUGGAGAAACGCCCGUGGCUGCAUCGGUGAUGCUUUGCUUUGGCUGCGGGUUUCGUGUCAGCGCCCAUGGAGCGCGUUUCAGGGCUGUCCUGCGUCCCCCCCCACAGCGCUCCCGUUCCGCCCACCAUUCCCACAGCGAUGUUCCCAGCUCCUGCUCUAAGGGCUGAGCCUUUUGUGCGCCCUAACGGUGAGCUGACCGCAGCGGCAGAUUAAUACUUGUUGCUUAACAACCCAUUGAAGUGGAGUAGGAAGUGUUCUGCUGCUGUAAGAUGGAAUAUAUCACCAUUUUCUUGAGAGGAGGAGCAACAUUUGUUUGUUCUUUUGUCCGUGCUGAUGUUUCAGUGCUGGGCCUGGGCUGCUCCCGGGGUUUCAUCCCUUCCUGGCGCAGUAAAACCAUUCCUGGCAUCCUUUGCAGCUCUGCCAGCGGCGGCAUUUCCAUCAGUGCCUCUUAUCAAUUGUCAGCAAUUGCUAACUGCCCGCCUGUGCCUUGCUAUCGGCCUUCCCCCUGUACCCUUUUCCUCAUUGCUUUCUGUUUUUAUUGCCUCCCCCAGGCCCUCCUUACCAGCAGAAUUUCUAGCUCACUGUCUCUUCUGUGAAUGGGGAAAUGUUCCUUGCUUUUUAUAAGGGAAAAAAUCAUUUUUAGCCAACUCGGUUAUUGUUCCUCUUCCUGUGUGGGAUGGGGAGCAGGGGAAAGGUCUGGCACUGGGUAGGUGCCGUCUCUCUGCAGUCCUGGCUCUGUUUGCUGCGUGCGUGGCUGCUCCCUGCCAGUGGGGAUGCCAGGGCCGCGUUCCUGCAUCCAGAACAUGUGAUACUGGGGCCACUGGGGCUGCUCGGCCCUCCUGACACUGGUGCUCCUCGCCAGCCCUCAGCCCUCACUUCCCUGACCCUGAGCCCAUGGUGCAGCAAAGGGAAAUGGCAGCAACGUGUCCAAGGCAGCAGAGCCAUUCGUGGGUGCCUCCGAGCUCUCCGAUGGCUUUUCCUAGAAAGGAGCGGUGACACAGAGCCGAGAUCCCCCUGUCCCCUCGGGGUGGCUCUGGGGGUGCCCGGUGCGGGGUCUCCGCGCGGUGCUGACGCUGUGUCCCCGCAGGUGGUGAGCCAUGGCGGUGUGGAUCCAGGCGCAGCAGCUCCAGGGCGAAGCCCUGCGGCAGAUGCAGGCGCUCUAUGGGCAUCACUUCCCCAUCGAGGUGCGGCACUACCUGUCGCAGUGGAUCGAGAGCCAGGCGUGGGACUCCAUCGACCUCGACAACCCCCAGGAGAACGUGAAGGCGACGCAGCUGCUGGAGGGGCUGAUCCAGGAGCUGCAGAAGAAGGCGGAUCACCAAGUGGGUGAAGAUGGCUUCCUGCUGAAGAUCAAGCUGGGGCACUAUGUCACGCAGCUGCAGAACACGUAUGACCGGUGCCCCAUGGAGCUGGUGCGCUGCAUCCGGCACAUCCUCUACCAUGAGCAGAGGCUGGUGCGGGAGGCGAACAACAGCCCCUCGCCCGCCGGCGCCCUGGUGGACGCCAUGUCGCAGAAGCACCUCCAGAUCAACCAGACCUUCGAGGAGCUGCGGCUCAUCACACAGGACUCAGAGAACGAGCUGAAGAAGCUGCAGCAGACACAGGAGUACUUCAUCAUCCAGUACCAGGAGAACAUGCGCCUGCAAGCCCAGUUCUCCCAGCUCUCCCAGCUGGGUCCCCAGGAGCGCCUCUCACGGGAGACGACACUGCAGCAGAAGAAGGCGUCGCUGGAGGCCUGGCUGCACCGGGAGGCGCAGACACUACAGCAGUACCGCGUGGAGCUGGCUGAGAAGCACCAGAAGACGCUGCAGCUGCUGCGCAAACAGCAGACGACAAUCCUGGACGAUGAGCUGAUCCAGUGGAAGCGGCGGCAGCAGCUGGCAGGCAACGGCGGCCCCCCCGAAGGCACCCUGGACGUGCUGCAGACCUGGUGCGAGAAGCUGGCAGAGAUCAUCUGGCAGAACCGGCAGCAGAUCCGGCGUGCCGAGCACUUGUGCCAGCAGCUGCCCAUCCCUGGCCCCGUGGAGGAGAUGCUGUCAGAGCUGAACGGCACCAUCACCGACAUCAUCUCCGCCCUGGUCACCAGCACCUUCAUCAUUGAGAAGCAGCCUCCCCAGGUGCUGAAGACGCAGACCAAGUUUGCAGCCACCGUGCGGCUCCUGGUGGGGGGGAAGCUGAACGUGCACAUGAACCCCCCCCAGGUGAAGGCCACCAUCAUCAGCGAGCAGCAAGCCAAGGCCCUGCUGAAGAACGAGAGCACCCGCAAUGAGAGCAGCGGGGAGAUCCUCAACAACUGCUGUGUGAUGGAGUACCACCAGGCCACCGGGACGCUCAGCGCACACUUCCGCAACAUGUCCCUGAAGCGGAUCAAGCGCUCGGACCGCCGCGGCGCUGAGUCAGUGACGGAGGAGAAGUUCACCAUCCUCUUUGAGUCGCAGUUCAGUGUCGGUGGCAACGAGCUGGUCUUCCAGGUGAAGACGCUGUCCCUGCCCGUGGUGGUGAUCGUGCAUGGCAGCCAGGACAACAACGCCACGGCCACUGUGCUCUGGGACAACGCGUUUGCAGAGCCCGGCCGCGUGCCCUUCGCCGUGCCCGACAAGGUGCAGUGGCCGCAGCUCUGCGAGGCGCUCAACAUGAAGUUCAAGGCGGAGGUGCAGAGCAGCCGUGGGCUGACGAAGGAGAACUUAGUGUUCCUGGCGCAGAAGCUCUUCAACAGCACCAGCUCCCACCUGGAGGAUUACAGCAGCACCACGGUGUCAUGGUCCCAGUUCAACCGGGAAAACCUGCCCGGCAGGAACUACACCUUCUGGCAGUGGUUUGACGGCGUGAUGGAGGUGCUGAAGAAGCAUCUGAAGCCGCACUGGAACGAUGGGGCCAUUCUGGGCUUCGUCAACAAGCAGCAGGCGCACGACCUACUCAUCAGCAAGCCCGACGGCACCUUCCUGCUGCGCUUCAGUGACUCGGAGAUCGGUGGCAUCACCAUCGCCUGGAAGUUUGACUCCGCUGAGAGGAUGUUCUGGAACCUGAUGCCUUUCACCACCAGGGACUUCUCUAUCCGCUCGCUGGCCGACCGCCUCGGGGACCUCAGUUACCUCAUCUACGUGUUCCCCGACCGGCCCAAGGACGAGGUCUUCUCCAAGUACUACACGCCGGUUCUCUGUGAGUCCACGCCAGCUAAAGCUGUGGAUGGGUACGUGAAGCCACAGAUCAAGCAAGUUGUGCCAGAGUUUGUGAGUGCAUCAGGUGACGCCGUCCCUGGGGGGGCCACCUACAUGGACCAGGCUCCGUCGCCGGCCGUCUGCUCCCACCCCCAUUACAACAUGUACACGCAGAACCCUGAGACCGUGCUGGACCCCGAGGGCGACUUCGACCUGGACGACACCAUGGACGUGGCCCAGCACGUGGAGGAGCUGCUGCGGCGCCCCAUGGACAGUCAGUGGAUCCCCCACGCCCAGUCGUGACCGGCGGCCACGUGGCCCCACACUGGCCCCCAGCGCUGCGGGGACUGUGCCGUGUUUGUGUCUCUGUGCCCAGCCCGGGGGGCAGGCGGCCAUGGGGGGGUUCUUGCCCCACAGAUUUGCUCUGUGCUGUCCCAAAAUGCAGGGUGGUGUCCAGCUCUUUGAUGUUUAUGCCCUUGUAUAAAAGGCAGCGGAUUUGUCGCAUGGUUUUUCCUGUAUGUUCCUUUUACAAGGCCCAGCUUCGGCUUUCCGCUUCUGCUCGCGCUGGUGCUGCCCCACUCCCCGCAGCCUCGGGGGGGGACCGGGGAGCCCCGGCCGCGGGUUCGCUUUCUGCAGUCGUCACUAAGGAUGUACAUGUGCGCAUCGGUGUUCUAUCGCAGUGACCCUGUUCCCCGGGCGGGGGGUGGCAGUCUGCAGUGUCAGGGUCCGCUCCGGGACCCCAUCUCCUCCUCUGUCCCCGACGGCUGCGGAGCCUUCCGGCUCCAGGCGCGUCCCCUCCGUCCCCUCCGGCGCCGCUGCAACGGGGGGGGGGGGCGCGGUGGGGAGGGAGGAACCGCAGCGAGGGGCGGGCAGGAGGCGGCGGGGCGGGAAGGGGCCCCUCUUUUCCCCCCCCGGCCCGUCCCAUCCGUGUCCCAGAACCUCUGGUUCCCUGGCGAUGUUAUUUUUCUACCACAGAGUAAAUAAAGCACGGACUAUUUUUGUAACACAAAA